AUGUACUCAUGGUAUCAAAAUUCACAGAAUCAAACAUCAAAUGCUGAUUUUAUCCUUGUGGGGCUCUUUGGUGAAACCAGACACUCCAUCCUCCUCUACACUGUGGUCUUCAUCUUCUUCUUGAUGGCCCUAGCUGGGAACACCCUCCUCCUCAUCCUGAUCCAUGUGGAGCCCCGCCUGCACACCCCCAUGUACUUCUUCAUUAGCCAGCUCUCCCUCAUGGACCUUAUGUACAUAUCUGUGACUGUGCCCAAGAUGCUCAUGAGCCAGGUGACAGGAGAUCAGACAAUUUCUCCCUCAGGUUGUGGGAUCCAGAUGUUCUUCUAUCUGACCCUUGCUGGAGCUGAGUUUUUCCUUCUGUCUGCCAUGGCCUAUGACCGAUAUGCUGCCAUUUGCAGACCCCUCCAUUACCCCCUGCUGAUGAACCUUAGAGUCUGUGUAUGCCUGGUUUCUGGAUGCUGGUUUCUAGGAAUGAUUGAUGGUUUGUUGCUCACCCCCAUCACUAUGAGUUUCCCCUUUUGUCAUUCCAGGAAAAUCCUGAGCUUUUUCUGUGAGGCUCCUGCCUUGCUGAAGCUCUCUUGUUCUGACAUCUCCCUCUACAAGAUGCUCAUGUACCUGUGCUGUGUUCUCAUGCUUCUCCUCCCCAUCAUGAUCAUCUCAAGCUCGUACAUCCUCAUCCUGUGGCUCAUUCACAGAAUGAGUUCAUCAGAGAGCCGCAGGAAGGCUUUUGCCACCUGCUCUUCCCACUUGAUUGUAGUGCUGCUCUUCUUUGGUGCUGCUAUCUACACCUAUAUGCUUCCUGGUUCCUACCACACAGCUGAACAGGACAUGAUGGUGUCAACAUUUUACACCAUUAUAACCCCUGUGCUGAACCCUCUCAUUUAUAGCUUCCGCAAUAAAGAUGUCACAGAGGCUCUGAAGAGCAGAAUGCCUUCAUGGCUGUGA